UGGAUCGAUCCCCCCGGUGGUUCCAGCGUCAGCGGUGCGGCGAGGCCUCAGUCAUGAUGCCGGCAGCCGGAGGAGCGCCGGCACCACGCUACCUCGCCGCCUGACGCGUCCCGUGCUGCUAGCCUGUCCUGCCGCACCCUCACCCUCCCCCCAACCCGCUGCUACAGCAGCCCCAGACUCGUGACUCCCUCACCUCAGCGACCCGACACCCGCGGCCUUGACUUAGUCCUCAGGAGGCCCUGCAGACAUCCACACCAUGGGAGGUGAAGAGGAAAGUCCCCGUCAGGAGGCGGAUGACAGCAUCAGAGUCAUCUGCCGCAUCCGUCCCCUCAACAAGAGCGAGGAGGCGGCGGGGAGCAGAUUCGUAUGCUCCUUUCCGUCCUCCCGCGGCCAGGAGGACCAGAUGGUCUCCGUUGGGGGGAAGGUUUACCUGUUUGACCGAGUAAUCAAGCCCAACUCAACCCAGGAGAAGGUGUAUGACAUUGUAGCCAAGGACAUCGUCAAAGAUGUACUCAAUGGAUACAAUGGAACCAUCUUUGCCUAUGGCCAGACCUCCUCAGGCAAGACCCACACAAUGGAGGGCAAGCUGGGCGACCCCACAUACCAGGGUAUCAUCCCAAGAAUUGUGCAUGAUAUCUUCAACCACAUCUACAACAUGGAGGAGGCGCUGGAGUUCCACAUCAAGGUGUCUUACUUUGAAAUCUACAUGGACAAGAUCAGGGACUUGCUGGAUGUGUCCAAAGUCAACCUGUCAGUGCAUGAGGACAAGAACCGUGUCCCGUCCGUUAAGGGAGCAACGGAGAGGUUUGUCUCGUCACCAGAGGAAGUGUUUGAGACUAUUGAGAUGGGCAAGUCCAAUAGGCAUGUCGCUGUCACCAACAUGAAUGAGCACAGUUCUCGAUCACACAGUGUUUUCCUGAUCCAAGUAAAGCAGGAAAACAUUGAGAAUCAGAAGAAACUCUUAGGAAAGCUGUACCUGGUGGAUCUGGCUGGUUCUGAAAAGGUGAGCAAAACAGGUGCUGAGGGAGCUGUGCUGGAUGAGGCUAAGAACAUCAACAAAUCACUCUCAGCACUUGGAAAUGUGAUUGCUGCUCUCGCUGAUGGGAAGACCCACGUGCCUUACCGAGAUUCCAAGCUAACCCGCAUCCUGCAAGAGAGUCUGGGAGGCAAUGCCCGCACCACCAUCGUCAUCUGUGCCUCCCCAGCCUCCUUCAAUGAGGCGGAGACAAGGUCCACCCUCGACUUUGGAAAGAGAGCCAAGACAAUCAAGAACUGUGUCACUGUGAAUGAGGAGCUAACAGCAGAGGAGUGGAAGAGGAGAUACAACAAGGAGAAGGAGAAGAACGUUAAGAUGAAGGCACAAGUAGAGUGUAUGGAAGCAGAGUUAGCUCGCUGGCGUAGUGGAGAGAAGGUGUCCUCGGAAGAACAGAUUACCGUCGACAUGGAGAAGUCAAUGGUGUCGUCAGUUGUUGAAGAGGCCCCCAAGAAGCCAGCAGCUCCUCCCAUGAGCAACGAAGUGCGGGAUGCCUGGGAGAAGGAGAGGGAGCAGCUGUACCAGAGCCUGGAUGAGAAGGAUGAGGAGAUCAACCAGCACAGCCAGCUGGCAGAGAAGCUGAAGGAGCAAAUGCUGGAGCAAGAAGAGCUAAUUGCUGCCACUCGGCGUGACUACGAGGUGCUGCAGACGGAAAUGGCGAGGAUCCAGGCCGAGAACGACUCUGCCAAGGAUGAGGUGAAGGAGGUGCUGCAGGCGCUGGAGGAGCUGGCCCUCAACUAUGACCAGAAGAGCCAAGAGGUGGAAAGCAAGUGCAAGGAGAAUGAGACACUCACCGAGGAGCUCACUGACAAACAAACAGCCCUCACGUCCAUGCAGGGAGAACUACAACAGAUCCGGGACUCAUCGGUUCACCAGAAAAGAAGGAUGAACGAAAUGUUGUGCUCGCUGCUCAAUGACCUCGGGGAAGUGGGACACGUGGUGGGCGGCACUGCUGGCGACCUUUCCCUCAAGAAUUCUGGUGACCCCAACAAACUUGAAGAAGAGUUUACAAUGGCACGCCUCUACGUGUCCAAGAUGAAGAGUGAGGUUCGGAAUCUUGUCCAGCGGUGCAGCACUCUGGAAAACUUCCAGGGUGACUGCAACAAGAAGAUCGAUGAAUAUGAGAAGGAGCUGAGUGACUGCCGUCUACUCAUCAGCCAGCAUGAGGCUCGCAUGAAGACCUUGCAGACAUCCAUGCAGGAGGCAGAGACACGCAAGAGGCAGCUGGAAGAACAGGUUGACUCCCUGAGUGAAGAGGUUGCCAAACUGAAGGCAGCUGAGAGCCUGAAUGACUCUGAGGGCUUGUCCAAGGAGGCCCUAGAGAAGCAGAUGGAGACGCACAGUGAGCUGCACCAGAAGCAGGUGGCUCAGCUGCGGCAGGAGAUCAACACCAAACAGGCCCUGGUAGAGGAGCUCAAGGACCACAACCAGAAGCUGAGUGUGGAGCAUGAACAGCUGAAGGUGGAGUACAGCAAGCUGAAGGCAGAGGAGGCAGAGAAGAGUGCCCGCCUCCACGAGCUAAUCUUGCGUCACUGGACUCCCCGAGCCUACCCAAGCCUUCAGAAUGAGCGUCGGGAGCAGGCCCACCAUGACCUGAAGGGACUAGAGGACACUGUGGCCAAGGAACUUCAGACUCUCCACAACCUUAGGAAGAUGUUUGUACAAGACCUUCAAGCUCGUGUCAGAAAGUCAGCAGCAGGGGAAGACGAGGACAUUCUGGGAGGAUCAGUCGCCCAGAAACAGAAGAUCAGCUUCCUUGAAAACAACCUGGACCAGCUGACCAAGGUACACAAGCAGCUAGUGAGGGACAAUGCUGACCUGAGAUGUGAACUGCCCAAGCUGGAGAAGAGACUAAGAGCCACCAUGGAGAGAGUGAAGAUCAAUGAUGAGGGAGCCUUGCUCAGUUCCUCGCUCAGGCUAGAGGAGCACAGACCACCACACAACCUCCCGGCCGUGCCUAGUCUUGAGCAACGUCUUGUGGCAACCAUGGCCCGGGUCAAGGCCCUGGAGACAGCUCUGAAGGAGGCUAAGGAGGGUGCCAUGAGGGACCGUAAGCGCUACCAGUAUGAGGUGGACAGGAUCAAGGAGGCUGUGAGGCAGAAGAACCUAGCUAGGAGGGGACAAGGAGCACAUAUUGCCAAACCAAUCCGCACGGGUCCAGCCAGCCUCCUGUCCCGGCCUGGUGCCCUGGGCAUGAUGGGACGUGCACCGAGCAACACUCCACUACCACGCCAGUUUGUAGCCUCCAACAGCUAGACACACUUCAUUCUGAGCUCCCAGGAUGCCAGCAGUAUGUAGCAGCCUGGCACACUGUAAGGCAGCACCCAUCCACCCACACACCCACACCACCACCGGCCUCUCACACUCACCUGGACUGAAGUAAAAAAAAAAAAAAUAUCUAGCGUUCAUCUGCCUUUGUAAUUCCUAAGCUAUAGCUACUGUUGGCCUGAGUGAUAUUCAUCUGUUAGUCUCCUGCAUCAUGCAUAGGUUUUGUGUGUGUUGUUUUAGGGCUCGGUGUCUUGUGUAUUGCCUCUGUUUCCACACCUCUGUUGAGUACUUUGGUCUGGUGAGGAUGUCUGGUGAUGGCAGAAUAUUAUAACUGGAGGGAAUUUAUCAACACCCAAGAUUGGCGAGAGAUGUGAACCUUGAACUUAAUGACAACAAGUAUGAAAGUUUUCUAAUCAAUUGUGAGUGUCAUCAAUCGAUUAAAAAAGGCCUCUUAGAAUGUAUUAACUGUAAUAUGUUACUACUUGGCUUGCCUGUAUUGGGAGAUAAGUUUGUGAUGCUUUCCUUGAUUCUAAUUCAGUUAAGAUAAUUUCAUUCAUCAGUUCAGAUAUCUUUGAGGUCGGUUUACCUGAGAUUGAAGAAAAGAUAUGCAAUUAAUUUAAUAUCUAAUCCCCCAUGAUAAUUUGUGAUAUCUUCCCAAUUGUCCUUCUUUGUCUAUCAUGUCAAAUCUAUUAACUCAGCCAGCUGCCUGGCACACAUCUUGUCUCCUCUCAUACAAUCUAUCCGUGUUUUCUUGCCUGGGUUCAAAACAGACGUCCAUGCUGUAUGGUUUUCCUUAGGAGACUUUGAGUGCCUGCUAAUUUCAUGCCAUAGUGAUUUUAUUUAUUUUUUUUUCCUCUGUGAUGGGAUUUCUUGGAAUAGCUAGUAUUUGUUAGUUAUAAUGGAACCUAAAAAAAUAUGUCAGGCUGCGUGAUUGUCAUGGUUUAGAGGAAAAUUGGCACGAGACAAUAGUACAGCAUAUUUUCUGAAAGACCGAGGGACAUUUCUUCGUUUUGAAUUUUGGCGCGCAAAUCGAAGCAGGGCGUUCCAAUAAUACGAGUAUAUAAAACAUUAACAGAGCCUUUCUGCUAAUAGACACACCAAAUAACAUACAUUUGAAAUUUAUAUGAUACAAAAAUGAGUAAAUUGAACCUAAAAAUGCUAAAAACACGUCAAUUGAGGAGUAUGAACACAUUUUGUAAGACUGGUGUCGUUGAUGGAGCAGAGGCAAUGUCAACAGAACUCAGGUGGAAGGGUGCGGAGUGGCGGCCGCUGCUGGUAUAAUGCUCAAUAUUGCGUGUGUGUGGCGCAGGACCCUUCACUCAACACCACGGCGAUGACUCAGAGGCCUCAACACCUCCACUGGACGCCGCGUGGGUGAGUGUCAGGCCGCAUAACAUGACAUUGAAGCCUCUGUAGUGGAGUCUCCGUGUGACGCAUUAUGUGAUAUUCAGGACUGUGCUUCAUUAUCACCGUAAUUACUUGUGCUUCUUCGAGUUAUGUCACGUUUAUCACCGCUAAUAACCGAGAAUGCAAGGGUUGUUUAUUUAGUAUCGUCUGUAACCUCGGAAAUGUGACGGUGAAACUGCAGUGUAAGGCCUUCCUCCCCCUCACCCCCCCCACCCCUAGGCAGGCUGUUGAGUCACUUCACCAGGCCGUGUUGAUCCAAGAGGCCUGAGUGAAGCUUGGCCAGCCUUGAAUGUCGGUGAAAAAUACGUAAUUAGUCUUUGUCUGGUCCCAGCAGAGCACAUGUAUCUUUGCUUUGCCCUCUCAGACUGAGAUUGAAAGUGACCCAGCUUACUUAGCCUUUUCUCACCUAGUUUUGACCCUUUUGACCAGGUGAGCAGAGGACAGGUGGGGUCGGGUGCUCUGAUUCUUUAGUCUGAUUGGGUGCGCUGAGAACAAAGAUCCUGCCCACCUGUCCACCCUGUACUCGUUCAUUGGUCACCUUGAUGCACACAACCGGGCGCUGACAUAGAGCUGCAAACUUUUGGUAGAGAAAAGGUUCAUCAUUUCUCACAUGAAGAAUGAUAGAUAGUUCAAUUUUCAGAGUUUGUUGUUUCCAUGAUGUUAUCUUAAUUUAAAAGGGUGAAGGUAAAGGAAAGACUUCUGAUUCAUGAUGGAAUUAAGUGUAUUUAAUGAUGAAAUAUUAAUUGAAGAGUAUUUUUGUAGAUUGACAAAGUGACAAAGAAGGACAAGAUUUUAGAUAGUUACCAAAUUUUCUUACCUUUCAUUUCCACUAAAUGUUAAUAUUUUAAGAAUACUUCAAUUCAUAAAUGUUUAAAUAUUCAUGAUGUAUUUUACAUGACAUGUACAUAAUAAACUUUAGUGAUAAAGUGUUCACUAUUCAGUAGCAUUUUUUUAUUUAUAUUUUUUUGGAUGAGCGUUUAUCUUUGGAAACACCCGGGGUCCGAUCCAAGUGAAACCAGCGCACCACACGAGGGAUCCCACCGCUGCCACCACUGUACAGCUGGCAGCUCACUCCCUGAACCACCGGGAAGCUGAACCAAAGUGUCAAGCCAAAGAGGAGCAGCUGGGGAUCAAACCUAUAAGACAACACUCAAGGCACACGACACACAACACAUGAUGCCUCUCCAGUCAAGCCAUGAUGAACACCAAGGCCCAAGUGGAAUUCGGUCCACCUUGACUGUCCAGCCACUAUAAUUAAGUCUUUGUUAAGCUGUUUUAGGUAAUGUUUCAAUGGGUCCUUUAUUCUGCACCAAAGACAGUGAAUCUCGUGUUGUUAAUGAAUUCUGCUGAGUGUUUUGUAGGUGAUGAAUUUUGUCACCCAUGUUGUGGCACUAAGAGAGAGUGAGAGAGAAUUAUUAUAUACAUACUAUAUACAUUAUUGUGGGUGUUUGUUAAGCAUAUAAAUACCUGUAUAGAUUUCAUUAGGAAUCACUAUUGCAAGAACUACUAUAUUCGGCCUUCAGUAUAACAUGAGUACCAUAUCAAAAGGCAGUUUCUUGUUUAUCUGUAGCACGAGUGGUAUGUUUGAAAAUUUAUGAUCAGAGGGAGAGUAGUGUGUGUCUCAGUUGCAGUAUUGGCAUCUCAUGAUUAUAUUGCUGACACCAACCUUGUUUUUAUUGGGAGUGUAUGUUGAGGAUCAAAAAGGUGAAUUUAGUUUUAUCAGUCAGAAUUUUGUUAUGCACAGAAUGAAAUGAAUAUUUACAGGACACUAAUUUUUAGUGAAGUAUCUCUCGUGCUACAGGAAUAAAUAAGAAUGCAGUGGGUUGAUCUAACUGAAAUGGUGAGUCAUUAUCCUUUACUCUCAAGGCUGUGUGUUGACUUAAGUUAGCUCUUACUUUUAUCACACUAUUGCUGCUUAAGUUCUUUAUGUAUUUAAGUACACUGUACCUAUUUAUUGUGACCUCGUUCACAUCAAGGCUGUGGAUUAGUUGAGCAUGAUUGUUAUGUAUGUAUAUCUCACUUUAUGUAUACAGUCAAGGCUUGAAAACUUUUGAAUGUAUGCUGGAUAAAGAAAUUACAAUAAUUUUUGCUGUGUAUGAUUUAUUGAGUGUUGUAGCCCUAAGUCAGUGUUGUGAAGGGAACAAGUCCAGUCGGUGCCCUGUGUUUUGUACUGAUAUUACUUUACAUUAAAUAACAUUAUCCUUGCUCACCGGUAAUGGGCAGAUUGGGCUUGUGUGUUUUUUUAGUUUGAUUUUGAGAAUUAUGCUUUGUUGCCAAAGAAUUUUGUACAUUAUUAUUAUCUUUACUUUUAUUAUCAUCAUUAUCAUUAUUAUUAUUAUUAUUAGAAUACACCAUGGGAUUUUCAAGCCCUGACAUCAAAUUUCUUCAUCUCUGUUCACCAUGAUGUAGUGCUGCGUUACAUCAUUUCCUUUCAUUCUUGCACAUCACAAGCAUGAAACUCAACUUUUCCAUGGUGAAAAGUGGGACACUUCUGUAAGGCUUGUGCACUGUGGAGGAGAUGCGGAUGACUCCUCCACUCGGGAACUCACCUGCUGGGCUAUAACAGGGUGCACAAUUUUCCUCCGGACCUGAUGUAUAUAUGUGUAUGUGUGGUGUGUGUUCCGCUAACCGUGGCAUCCAUUGUGCACUCCAUGUGGUGGUGCGGGAGGGAGAAUGUGGUGCGACUCAGCACAGAGUCGCAUGCUUGGAAGUCUGACAUAUGUUGUUGCACAUUUCUCUGUUUUGAUUCGUGCAUUACUCAUUUUUGGAUUGACGAGUGAGUGUAAGCCUUCGUCGUAUUUAAUUAAGUAAGAGUGAGAGAGUUGGUAAAGAGGGCCCAAGUAAUUUACACAGUAGACGCCACUAUCAUCAUCAUCAUCGCCACCAUCAUUGUCACGGUCAUCGCCAUCAUAGAGUUACUGUACACACCUGAUGAGUGUUGAGACAGACGGGGGAGUUGGGCUGUUGCCGUGGUGUUGACUAAAACUACACACCUCAUAGGCUAAUGAUGUGCUGUCUCUUGUGACUUUUAACCACAUGUACAGAUAAUAUUAACUUAUAUACAAGGGAGGUAAGCUGAGAGUGUUGUAUUUUAUGACUAUGAGGGAGUUUUUUUUCCCGUAUAUAUAUAUUAUCAUAUUCUUAAGUGCUUUUGAAAAUAUUUAACAGUAAGGAAACUACCUUAAUAGAUUACCAAAAGUAUACUCAACCCUCAAGAUCUCCCGAGCAUUUGGUGACAAUGGAUGUAUGCUGGCACUAGAUGAGGGCAUAUAGUGUUCAUUCCCAUUAAUAAUACAAUUUUAUUCCUAGGUGGUUUUCAAGAUAUUUAACCAUAGAAAAAGCUCCCAUUUGGGUUGUUCAAAAAUAUAUUCAAACCUUAAGAUUCAUCUAGUAUGUGGUAUCAGUGCAUUCUUACUUCUUUAUCAUGUAUUAUCAUAAUAUUCAUCAAUGGUUUUUUAAUAUAUCUAACCACAAUAAAAGCACCAUAACAGGUGGUCAUAUUCAUACUCAAUUCUGAAGAUCUGCCUAACAUCUGAUGCUGUUACCUGUCACUAUAAAUGAGAUCGCAAUGUUACCCCAACUCCUUCCUCCACAAGCUGGAUGCUUUGAGUCACUCCCAGGAUGCCACAUGUAAAGCUUUUCAGGGAAGGGAGACUACACAGGUGAAACUUUAUUUAUGUAGUUCUAUGUUCUGAUUUACAAAUGUAGAAUCUGCAUUUACCAAUAGAAAUCUGGGAGUUACUAAGAAGCAAUGAAAAUGCAUUCAAUAGAAAAUUUGAAAUUGAUUUUGUCCCUGAAUUAGAAGUGUUCAAUUUUUAUGAGUUUCAAGGAACAAACUUGUUCAUAAAUUGAGAUUCACCUGCACUCAUUUGUGAUAAAGAUGAACUACCUAAGGUAUCACGAAUACUUGUUGCAUUAUCAAUACAUCUCAUGCAGUUUAUUCAUGUGGAGAGUAAAUACACUAUUCCAAACACAGCAUACUGUAAUAUUAUAUCCUUUGAGAUCAAUCCAUACCUAACAACAGUAGUGUCACACCUGUACUCAGUGUUGGGAAGACCCUGUUAGUUGUCAUUGAGAAGAGACUGUCAGUACUGCCGUGAGAGGCUCGUUUGCCAGGUUGUGACGUUAAUGGUAUAAGUGUUUAUGUAGAAAGAACUUGUAAUUACACACUUCAUGGUUGCUGUGUUGAAAUAUAUAUGGUGCAUGUAGACACUUCAUUACUCAAGACCCUGUGUUGUGGCUCGGUGGCGGGUCUGUCUCUGUCAGUAAUGUGUAAUCACCACAUGUAAUACAGUGUUUUCUGCCUGUUUUUUCAGUGUUUCAAGGAGUUGUUGAAAUACUGUACUACUCUCUGUGUCAAUAACUUACAUGCAUAAUUAUAUCCUCUUAUAUUUGUGUGUAUUAUCUUGUUGAAGAAAUAAACCAAGUCCCUAAGUGUUGUGUCACACGCUGGAGCUCACUGACACCUGGUGGAGGCGCAGGUGACCCGAGGUGACCUGGUUGUAGCGGGUCGUUUAUGUCACGUGGGGCAUUACUUGCAUUACAUUUUUGAGGUUGUCUUCAUCCUCUUCGUUCACACCACAGUUCAGGAAAUAUCACGUCCCGAUGUUUUUGCACCACAAGCACGAGAGGUACCGAAGAAAAGGCUUUAUGUUCUCCUGGUCCAAAGACAACGUGUGCUUGGCAUUGUCCUCAUGUUUUGUGUUGGUAAUCCAUCACUAAUGAUUUAUGCAUUUGAAUUAGCCUUUGUAUAGAGGCUGGACGUCUCUUCAGUCUAAUACUGUUGCCUGAGGAGUGUAGUGGGAUGGCCUGGGGCUCAGAGGUGUUAGUUCCUACGCACACUGUGUGUAGUGUGAGGCUCACUCUUGGUUGUCAUUACUGUCGGCUGUUUAUUAUGUUUCUAGUCCUCCGCUGCUCCAGGUGAUGCCGACAACAACCCUGCUUGUGUUGGGCAGCUAAGUGUCCUGGCAGAGGUGUGGGUGUGUGUGAUGGGGCUGCUGCCUGCUGCCUGCUGGCUGGGGAGUGUGGGGAUACCAAAACAUUGCCAAAGAUAUAGAAGAAAUCAAAUGAAAUGUAAUGUUUACUUAAAAGAAGAUUAAAAGGAAAACCUGGUGUUGAAAAUACAUUAUAAUUUUUCUGGAAAAGAAAUUCAUCUUGUUAAUGAAAAAAAAAACUGAUAAGCCUUUGUUGACUGAUCACUGAUUUUAACAAAUUUAUACCAAAUAUUCACAAUGAGGAUUUUACAAGAAGCAAUGCUUCAAAUUUUUUCCUGUGAGGAGGAUGAAAAACAUA